AUGGCAUCUGAUGUUGAGCAAGCACUAACCACUAAUCCUCCUCCAAAAUCUCCAUACUUUACUCUACCAGAUGUUCAAUAUCUGCUGAAAGAAGGUCGUCCUCUCAGCAGGCGAGAGCGGAACGGCUUCGUCUCGAUUUCUAGCAUCUGGGGUCCUGCAAAGAAGAUGACAGACGAAAAAGAAACCGACUUCCUUCUGGCUCUGCUCAAGCACUCGAAAUGGGAGCCCGACUUCGAAAGCGUCGCCAAAGCGUGGCAUGUGAGCGGUCCCUCGGCUAUCAAGUCUCGACUCAAGGCUAUUGUGGAAAAGCAUGACUACAAGCUUGAAGGUGAAUCGAAGAUUACUGGGGUCAAUGAUACUUCCAACGAAAAAGCAUCGCCAAGCAAGAACGCACGACCCGAAAAGCCUGCCGCGAAAAAAGGUGAGGAUACCGAGAAUAAUAUUGCCAUUGCCAAGCAAAAGACUACAAAGCCGACUCGAAGCAGGAAGAGAAAGGCUGGUGAUGAUACUGACCAGGCGAAGCGGGACGAGGGAAAGAAAAGAAAGGCCGUUAAGAAGGUACAUUCUACUCAGGAUGAUGCGACUACAUCAGCAGUGAUCGGGAAGAAGGGGGAGAAGAAGCAGCAGGGACAGGUGGUUACUGUGGAAGAUACCGAUGCAGCUGAGGUCAGCGACUCACAGGCUCAAGCGAGCAUGCAAGAGGAUACCGACGAGGAUUAA